CAUCCUUAAAUGACGUACCCGGAACUGUAUCGUCUGGAAUCGGAAAUACGUAAAAAAAUUAUCUGCGUUCGUGUGUUGUCGAAUAUAUUUUUCUUAGCACAUUUUCUACACGAAAUAUACAAGCAUGGCUAUGCAAGCAGCUAAACGAGCUAAUAUUCGAUUACCACCUGAAGUCAACAGAAUACUCUACAUUAGAAAUCUACCAUACAAGAUCACAGCUGAGGAAAUGUACGACAUCUUUGGGAAGUAUGGACCAAUACGGCAGAUUCGAACUGGAAACACACCGGAAUCAAGAGGGACAGCUUAUGUGGUCUACGAGGACAUCUUUGAUGCCAAGAAUGCCUGCGAUCACCUUUCUGGAUUCAACGUCUGCAACAGAUAUCUUGUAGUUUUAUACUACAAUGCAAACAGGGCUUUCCAGAAGAUGGACACCAAGAAGAAAGAGGAGCAGCUGAAGCUUCUGAAGGAGAAAUAUGGCAUAAACACAGAUCCCCCAAAAUAGUCUCCCCUCUUCCCCCUUUGGCACAGAAUGUGCAUUUAGACAUCUGUACAAAUUCAUCUAUUGCUUGUUGUAAGCCAAUAAUGUUUGCUUGUAGGACUCUUGUCUCCUGAAAUGCUUUUUAUUUUAUUUUGCUUAUUUUUUUCAAUUCUAAAUAAUUUGUACAUCUUAAUUUGUCCAAUUGCUAAAGGGGGGUUCUACUGAUUGCUAUGUGAUAGUGGUUGCAUUUUACAGGCUUUGACAGUCUUUUUGUUUAAUUUCAGUUUUGGUAUGUCUCUUUGGUGUGCAGUUUGAACACAUACAAUCUCUGUGGAAAAAAUCUUCUGCAGUUUGAUGUAAACAUAUUCAUAAAAAAAUGUUAAUUCAUACAGAUUCACUUGCGUUUUUAGAUUCUGUCAAAUAAAUUGGUAUUUUCUGUAAAAUAAAUGGUCCUUGUAUAAAAGA